GUAAGGGGGUGUGUCCGCGCGCACCACGGGGGCGCGCGCCGGCCUCUGACUGGAGGCCGCGGCGGCGGAGGCGCGAGCUGCCCGAUAAUGGCGGCCUGCAGAGUCCGUGAGAGGGAGAAGAAGCGGCGGCUACCCUGAGAAACCUCGACCUUGAAGAUGGUGAGUAGCCAGCCAAAGUACGAUCUAAUACGGGAGGUAGGCCGAGGUAGUUACGGUGUUGUGUAUGAAGCAGUCAUCAGAAAGACCUCUGCACGGGUGGCAGUGAAGAAAAUUCGAUGCCACGCACCUGAAAAUGUUGAACUAGCCCUUCGUGAGUUCUGGGCACUAAGCAGUAUCAAGAGCCAACAUCCAAAUGUGAUUCACUUGGAGGAAUGCAUCCUACAAAAAGAUGGGAUGGUGCAAAAGAUGUCCCACGGCUCUAAUUCUUCCCUUUAUUUACAGCUUGUAGAGACUUCAUUAAAAGGAGAAAUUGCCUUUGAUCCCAGAAGCGCCUAUUAUUUGUGGUUUGUGAUGGAUUUUUGUGACGGAGGAGAUAUGAAUGAGUAUCUGUUGUCCAGAAAACCCAAUCGUAAAACUAACACCAGCUUUAUGCUUCAGCUGAGUAGUGCCCUGGCCUUCUUGCAUAAAAACCAGAUCAUCCACCGAGAUCUUAAGCCUGAUAACAUCCUGAUUUCUCAAAGCAGGUUGGAUACCAGUGACUUGGAACCCACACUGAAAGUGGCUGAUUUUGGUCUAAGUAAAGUCUGUUCAGCCUCUGGACAGAACCCAGAAGAACCUGUCAGUGUAAACAAGUGUUUUCUUUCCACGGCAUGUGGAACAGAUUUCUACAUGGCUCCUGAAGUGUGGGAAGGACAUUACACAGCAAAAGCUGAUAUCUUUGCUCUUGGGAUUAUCAUCUGGGCAAUGCUGGAAAGAAUCACAUUCAUAGACACAGAAACAAAGAAGGAACUACUGGGGAGUUAUGUAAAACAAGGAACUGAGAUUGUGCCUGUUGGGGAAGCACUUCUGGAAAAUCCCAAAAUGGAACUUCUCAUUCCCGUGAAGAAAAAGUCUAUGAAUGGGCGAAUGAAACAACUGAUUAAGGAAAUGCUGGCUGCAAACCCUCAGGAUCGACCAGAUGCUUUUGAACUAGAACUCAGAUUAGUACAAAUUGCAUUUAAAGAUAGCAGCUGGGAAACGUGACACAUAUUAUUUGCAAAUAUCUUGGAUGAUAUGCUGCUUCUGUUUUCACAGUGAUGCAACAUUAUGUGGCUGAAAAAGAAUAUAAAAAGCUAAACUCCACCUUCUAAGGGUUUAGAUUUUGUGGGGUGUUUGUUUUUUUUUUUUUUUUCAUUUUUCUUAAAUCCAAGCUGGCCAUUUUAUUAGUAUGUUUUAAAUGUAUAUUACCAAUGUGGGUGUAAAUUUUCUUUAAAUGAUUAUUGGUAGAAGUUUGGCAGGAAAAUUCUCUAAGAGCCAAGAAAAGAAGAGAGUCCAGUUUUCUGGAAAUAUGUCUCUAAGUAUUUUAGACAUUCCUCAUCAGUAUUAGGAAUUUCCACGGAAGAAGAGGUUUGCAUGCUGGUAAUGCAACCUUUGAAACUUUGUAAAGGAAACAUAUAUGUAUAUAUUUAUGUAUAUGUAAGUAUGUGAAUGUGUGCAUUUUGCAUUCCAUAUGAAGAAAAUGCCACUUCUGUUUAAAUUAUUUGAUGUAGGUUUGGGUUUUUGAGAUUUGCUGGUGAAAGCAGUGAUGAAAAAUAAAGGAACCUUCCCUCAUCUUCCUACCCUGUCCCUCCCGCUAAUGAAAUCAUAUUAAGUUUUUUUCUAUUUUUGUAAUAUUAUACAGCUUUUUUAAAAGGCAUCAUUUUGGAGGGUCUAAAAUUAUCUGAUUAAACAUAAAUGAAAUUAAGUGAUCCAAAGCUGCUUAAGUAUGUUUGCGCUCUCCAGUGCCCUCCCUGUAGCUGCAAGAGUUGAAUUAGUCACACAAUCAUAUGGUAGCAGGUUGACAAGGACAUUGGUGAUUCAGUCAGACCUUGUUUAGGUAACCGAGCAUUUAUUUAACCAAUUAAACCACUGCAUUGGGACAUGUCUGCACUCGAACUUUAUAAUUUGAUAUAAAUCUGAACACAGGAUUCUUCUGUUUCUGAAAACGUUGCUAUAUAUGAACUAUAAUACUUGAUAUAUUAAUUUUUGGUUUCAAGACUUUGUCUAAGCCUCAGCAUAAAGUUGAAACCAAGUGAGCUCUACCCUCGCAUUGCCUGCCCUGAUGUGGUCUCUUGUUGAAUCACUGGAGUUCCUUUCAUUUUGGCACUGAUGCUGUUUUCUCUUGUCUAAUUUGAGAAAGUAAUGGUAGUGAUAUGGUUGUCUUAAAUGCUGACACCUUUUUCUAAAGUGGGACGUGAUACCUACACAGUGUGGCAAAUGGGCAAAAUACUGUGGCAACAACUACUUUUCAAGUUAGAAGAGUUAUUGAUUUUAUACAAUCACUUUGUUUGGUCUCUGUCAAAAACCAAUAGACCAUUAUUGCUCUGGAAGUUAGUUUAAGUUUAUAUGGUUGUCUCCAAUUUGUUUUCCUGUAAAAGCAGAUAGUUUAAGGAAAGAAUGCUUUCCUAAAACAAAACAUUAGCCUUUAAGGUUAAAUAGACUUUAUGGUGUAUCUAGGUUAAUCUUUAUAAAGCACUAGAAUCUUUGGUCAAAAGUCAAACAAAAUAGUAUUAACAUAUGGAAAUUAUUGAUAGUUUGCAUAAUCUCAGCUUUUUUGAACUUCCACAACUUUUGGAAUAUUGCUAUCAUAAUUUUUCCCCAUUUAAAAUGUGUUCAGAGGACAAUAGAAAAAAUUAUAGUAUGUAAAAUUUCUGGACUAUAUGAUCUGGAAGUUUAGAAUUUGGACUGAAAGGUUUUAUUGAAAUAAAGCCUCUUAAAAUGAAAAAUCUUAUACCUUUACUAUCACUUUAAAACUAAUAUAAGAAUUCUUUUAGAAAUGAGAGGUGGAAAUACACUUGAACCUCAUAAUAAUUGACCCUCUGGAUCACCAAAUUAGUUUAACACAGAUCUGUCUAAAGGAAUUGUGUUACUGUGGGAAAGAAAAAGCGUCAUUAUAAUGUCAAUAAUGGGGCACUUCAGCAGAUAUUCAUAGGUAACAGUAUGCCCGCUCUUCAAAUAUCUAUGUGCUUGGAGCCAUGGUUUCCUAAGUACAUGGUUUUUAGUCCUGCAUCAUUUAACAUAGUUUAUUUAUUUUGAAAAAUUUUAUAAUACCUGUGAAGUAAAAUUCUUUCUUUCAUUGGGGGUAAGGGUAUGAGGUGAUCAGGAAAUUUCCUGAAUUUUCUCAAGUCCUUGUAGUCUAAAAUAGCCUAUGAUAUCAAGCAAAAUGAUAGUAAAUUCUUCAUUUUUCUUUCAGUCAGAGGUAUUUAUUAAGUACCUACUGUGUGCUCAGCACUACAGGUCAUUUGAUAAAAUGACAAUUAAAAAAUGGCAUUUAGCCGCAGGCCUUUUCCAGCCAGGAGUAAGAAAUAAAAGAUGAUUAGCAAAAUUUGGAAAUUCCUGGGUAUUUGGUAGAGGAGGAAUGGAAGCAAGACUGUGCACAGUGCCUUGCUCAUAAUAGGUACUCAAUAAACAAUUAUUCCUCAUAGUCUCUUGCUAUGGUUUAUAGUGUUUUAUGAAAUUUGUCUUAAUUGAAGAAAAAGACCAAAUAUUUCAAAUAAGCUUAUAGGCAGCUGUGGCCAGUUAAUAUAUGGGUUGUACAGUUAGUUCCUAGAAAGUUAUUUUGCACUAGUUGUCACUUAGAAUGACGGGGUUCCUGUAGAUUUUUGGUGCUAAGGGAUACUUUGUCAAGAUGAUGAAGUAAGUGUUAAGUGUCCGAUAAAUAGCACACAGAAUAGUUCUUUCUGCUGGUCUGUUUUUUCUCUUUGUUGUUGUUGUUUUAAAUUGUAAAUCGUUAUCAAUCAAACUAUUGUAGCAGCUACAAAAUAACUCACCAGCAUGACAAAAUGGUCAAAAAAUAAGUCAUCAGCACUUCAAAAAUGAAAGCAACUUUUGAAAUUUUCUUUUAAAAUUGUCAAAUAUAUUUUAUGAAGAAUUUAUAAAAGGGGAAAAUGAUUGUAAUUUAUUGUUCAUGACAGUUUUUUUUUUAAUAAAGUGAGUUUCAACAAAA